AUGGCAAAUCCCCCAGUCAUGUUCUUUGACCUCCGCCCUAUCAGCCGACCAAUGCUUCUCAUCCGUAGUCACUAUGUGGCUGAGCAAGUCUCAAAACAGUCCAAAAUGUGGCCGUAUAGUACGCCAAAGUCGGACACUAUGGCAUACCUUUGGCCCCUAGUGGGGAAGAAGUCGAUUGUGUUGACAAAUGGACCAGGCUGGAAAGACAUGAGAAAACACUUCAACCCCGGAUUUGCUCCACAGCACUUAAUGAGCCUGAUGCCGGUGAUUCUGGAAAAUACCCAGACGUUUGUUGCUAAGCUUGACAGGCUUGCAAUGACAGGCGAAAUAUUUGAACUGGAGCCGCUUUGUGCCGUGACCAUGGACGUUGAACUGGGCGCCCAGCGCCCAGAAGAGCAGCAAGGGGACUUCAUCAAGAGCUACAAAGAGUUCCUUCUCUCUUACAGAGAGAAGGGCGGCAUGCUCAAGUGGUGCGAGAACCUGUUCUCAGACAGAAGGCGCAAGGUUCUCGCCGAGAAGGUGGAUGGCUUCCUCACAAAUGUCAUUCGAAGCAAGUUCGAUGACAUGAAGAAAACCAAGGCAAUAUCCAGUCGGAGCAUCUUGGCAUUGAGCCUCAGCGACACCGAUGUUCUGACCCAGGAGAUUAUUGACGGCACGAAAGACCAGCUCAAGACCUUCAUGUUUGCAGGACAUGACACCACCAGUAUCCUUCUGCAAUGGGCGAUAUACGAGCUGUCCCGGACCCCGCGCGCCAUGAAGACGCUUCGUGCGGAGCUGCAGAGUCUCUUCGGUCCAGAUCUCAGCCCCGAAGCUAUCCGCAAGGCCUUGUUACUGAAGGGAGAUGAGAUUACGCAGAAGAUGACGUACACAUCUGCGGUCAUCAAGGAGACUCUGCGUCUCUACCCUCCAGCUGGGUCAGCACGCUUAUGCCCUCCAGGGUCAAAUUUCCACAUCCAGCUUCGAGAUGGCAGCAGCCUCUGUGCGGAUGGAAUGGUACUGUACAACUGCGCAACCCUGAUCCAGCGUGAUAUUGAAGUCUAUGGGAGCACCAAGGACGACUUCGUACCGGAGAGGUGGCUCGGGAACACCGACACGUCCAUGGCAACGAAUGACGAUGAGAAGGCUGGCAUCGGAAAAGCCGGCGAGAGUGAGAUUCCGGCUGCAGCCUGGCGACCCUUCGAGAGGGGUCCAAGGAACUGUAUUGGGCAGGAGUUGGCGAAUAUUGAGGCUAGAGUAAUUCUAGCAUGCGUUAUUGGCGGAUAUGAUUUUGAGAAGGUCGGCUUGGGUGAGGCGACGCUUGGUGUCGACGGGAAGCCAAUCAUCAAUGAGAAGGGCCAGCACCGGUCCAACACCCAGCUCUACAAUACGCGACAGGUCACAGCUCGGCCAGUGGAUUGCAUGAAAGUCAGGGUGAAGAGUCGAGACCGUUCUUCAUACGGCAACAUAGGUCCUGGAUGCAUUCAUGCUGGUGCGUUUGAACUUAGAUAUAAACCCUUUGAGAUCCCGGCCUCUUUCUCGAUUAUCCCACUCAUCACCCUCACACUCCACUCCUCCAGCAUCACCAGCUUCAUCAUCUCGUCCGCCUUCGCUUCUGACAUUUCAAUUCCGGCUUCCCAACUCGCCAACUUCGCAAUGCGUUCCGCUGUCAUCAUCGCUGCUGUGGCUGGCAUGGCCGCUGCCAAUCCCAUUGUCGCCCGCGACACAACCGCACAGGACGGUAUCGACUUCGAUAUCUUUGAUGCCGCCCCCGAACCCACCAAGGUCGGUCCGGCCGUUGGUGUCGCCAGCGAGAAGGCGACCUACAAUGUUGCUUCCGCGUCGGCGGCCGCUGCCGCAGACGCCACCCAGAACCCCGUCUCGCCGGACUCGACUCUCGCAGCUCGCGACAACGCUUCACCCAAUAACUCAGGAUGCAAGACCAAGGAGCCCACUGGUUAUGGGCCUACGCCAACUUCUGACACUUACGACGCAUUCAUGGCGAACACCGCCUACGACUCCGUUGCCAGCGCCGCCCCUACUAUUGAUGGAUACAGUCGGUCCUUCCAGGCUUUGACAGGGGCUCUUGAAAGCACAACUUACAUCAGUUUUACCACAUUGAAGACCUACGACCCCUACCUGUGCCAGCAGCAAUGCGAUGCUGCUCCUUUCUGCUACGCCUUUAACCUCUACUUUGAGAGAGAUCCCUUCUACUCACCGGACUAUGACAUCUGCCAGGACCCCAAGAGCACCAUCAACAUCAAGUGCAGUCUUUUUGGUGCUCAACUCGACUCCAACUCUGCUACGAACGUUGGACAGUGGAGAGCCGAUUUCCAUGUCGGCAUCAAGGGUUCCAACGGCUACAUCAAGGACGCGGCGCCUCCACAACAAUCAGGCUUCUCAGGACCUACCGAGCUUGGUGGCGCCAUCAACGCCCCCAGCAAUUACAUGGGAGCCAAAUGGUACGCUGGUCCCUUCGACCCCAGCCAGUGCGCCUCUGCUUGUCUGGCAACUACCGCCUAUGACAAGAAACACCCCAGGUCUGAUGGCACUUACGAUGCCUGCAACUUCUUCAACGCCUACGUCCUUAGCAAGAACGGCAAACCCCAGGGAACCUACUGCUCCAUGUACACUGUGGUUUGGGACAAGAAGUACAGCACCAACUACGGCCAGUACCGCGGCAGCGACCGCUACACUGUCUCGCAGAGCUACGGCUACAGCCUCACCAUCCAGGAUAGUGGCAAGCUUUGA